GUAGAAAUUAUCAGCAAUAAGACAAUACAUCGAUACAUCUCUAUUUUCCUUUUAAUCCAAAUCGUUCUGGUUUUCCUGCUUAGCUCUAACGUCUGUGUUGCCUCCUCAUAGCGAUUCAUUUUUACACAUUAAUUAAUAUGUAUCAUCAUCACCCUUCCUACAUUUCAAACCACAUAAUUUUCUUGAGAGAAUUCUCCGGAAAAUUCAACGAUUCAAUCUUUUCUUCCCCUUGUGUAUGGCGAGGACCGGCUUGUUUAAUCUUGAGAAGCAUUUUGCCUUCUAUGGAGCUUACCACAGCAACCCCAUUAAUAUAGCGAUCCACACGCUCUUCGUUUGGCCAAUUUUCUUCUCUGCUCUGCUUAUUCUCUACUUCGUCCCUCCUUUCUUCAACAUCCCUAAUUUUGAGUUUUCCCUCUUCGGCUACGACGUCGCUUUGGUUUGGAAUCCUGGGUUCGCCAUUGCCUUCGUCUAUUCCGUCUCUUACGCCAGGUUGGAUCUGAAAGCUGGUUCCUUAGCUGCUCUGCUCUGUAUAAUUUGUUGGGUGGCAAGCUGCUUCGUUGCUGGCCUACUUGGGUUCUGUCUGGCUUGGAAGGUUGUCCUGGUGAUUCAGCUAGUAUGUUGGACGGGGCAGUUCAUUGGUCAUGGAGUAUUUGAGAAACGAGCACCUGCUCUUUUUCAUAACCUUGUUCAGGCCCUUAUAAUGGCUCCUUUCUUUGUGUUGCUGGAGGUUCUCAUGAGUUUAUCUGGGUCUGAAGGGUUUCAUUCUAUAGUACGAGAAAAAUUUGAAGCUGACAUCAAAGCAUGGCAAGAAAAUAAGCAGCAAUUACUUUCUUAGCUUCUUCCUGUGUUUGUGACUCGUUAAUAAAUGCUCUAUGAACGGUUGGAAGAUUGCAAAACUGUAGAUAAUAUGAUAUAAUUGUGUAGAGCCAUAUUACACCAAACAUGUAAAUGAAUUUGUUUUAGAAGUUAAAAGUUUGGGUGAAUUGGUUUGGCUCUUCAGAGCAAAAUCAUAGUUCAUGGUCUAAAGAAUGCUUGCAAAUUAUAUAUUCGUACGUUAAAUACGAAUAAGAUAAUUAUGUUGAUAGUGA